AUGAGCAGUCCUCCCUCGGCCGGCGUCAUGGGCCCGCCAUCCGCUGCAACAGGUAGAAAUGCCCCGGCUCCUGCCAGCGCUGGGCAUCCCCAGUCACAGGGCCUGAAGCGCACUGCACAGGCAGCGUUUGAAGCAGAGGCGCCAGAGACUCCUCCAUUAGUGAGGAUGAACGCCACACCAUAUGCACCACAACGGCAUAUUAACGACAACUAUGAUAUCGUCGGCUUCAUCAGCAGCGGUACCUAUGGCCGUGUCUACAAGGCCACGUCCAAGCGUGGAGCUCCAGCAUCAUCAACAGCUCAGGUCCAACAUCCAGAUGGUAGAACCAUCGAGGCCUUUGCCAUCAAGAAGUUCAAGCCCGACAAGGAGGGCGAGUUGCAAUACACUGGUAUCUCACAGUCUGCGAUACGAGAAAUGGCACUAUGCACCGAGUUGAGCCACCCAGCACUAAUCCACCUCGUCGAAAUCAUCCUCGAGUCAAAAUGCAUCUUCAUGGUCUUCGAAUACGCCGAGCACGAUCUACUUCAAAUCAUCCACCACCACAGCCUCCUACCACGCACCCCCAUCCCAGCGUCAACACUCCGGUCCUGCAUGUAUCAGAUAUUCUCCGGCCUGCUCUACCUCCACCAAAACUGGGUAAUCCACCGCGACCUCAAACCCGCCAACAUCAUGGUAACCUCCAGCGGCGCCAUCAAAAUCGGCGACCUCGGCCUCGCUCGACUCUUCUACAAACCCCUCCAUGCCCUCUUCUCCGGCGACAAAGUCGUCGUAACAAUCUGGUACCGUGCCCCCGAACUCCUCCUAGGAAGCCGCCACUACACCCCCGCCAUCGACCUCUGGGCCGUCGGCUGCAUCUUCGCCGAACUGCUCUCUCUACGCCCCAUCUUUAAAGGAGAGGAAGCCAAGCAAGACAGCAAGAAAGCCGUCCCCUUCCAACGCAACCAAAUGGGUAGAAUCGGCGAAAUCCUCGGCCUCCCCAAGAAAGCAGACUGGCCCUUACUUCCCGCAAUGCCAGAGUACCCCAACCUCCAAACCGUAAACAUGCACAACCCCGGCGUCAACCGGCCCCUAAGCCUCGAAAAAUGGUACCGCAACACAAUCCAAAAUAACAACUACGGCGGCCCCACCUCCCCACCUCCCGACGACAGCGCUCUCGAUCUCCUCAAGAGGUUGCUGGAAUACGACCCGCUGAAACGCCUCACGGCAGAAAAAGCACUAGAGCAUCCUUACUUCGUCGGCAACGAUGGGAAGGGGAGACCCCCGAGUUGGAAUUGUUUUGAGGGACUGGAGGCGAAGUAUCCAGCGAGGAAGGUUAGUACGGAAGCGCAUGAGAUUAGUACGGGGAGUUUACCGGGGACGAAGAGGAGUGGGUUGCCUGAUGAUUCACUGCUACGGCCGCCGGGGAAGAAGAUGAGGGGCGAUGGAUGA